ACAAAAUAUCAUCGACUAAAUAAUCUCACUAUCAAUGGUGGAUGCAGGUGUCAGGUAUGCAUUAGUCACAGGUGGGAACAAAGGAAUCGGUUUGGAGAUAUGUAAGCAGUUAGCUUCCAAAGGAAUUACUGUGAUUUUAACUUCAAGGGAUGAGAAGAGAGGCAUUGAAGCAGUGCAAUCCCUCAAGGACUCUGGCCUCUCUGAUUAUGUGGUUUUUCAUCAACUCGAUGUUGUCGAUUCUGCAAGCAUCGCUGCUGCUGCCCAAUUCCUCACCACAAAAUAUGGGAGGCUUGACAUUCUGGUGAACAAUGCAGGCAUACUAGGAGCAAGACUGGAUAAUGUUUCAAGUGUUCAACUUCAAGAGGAGGUAGAAGCAAAAGCUGCUGCAGUCUUUGCUAACUCAAAGGCUAAGACGUCGCCGCAGCAGCUGAAAGCAAGUGGAACUAUGAUCCAGACAUACGAGGAUGCAGAAGAGUGCAUGCAGACAAACUUCUACGGUGUAAAGAGAGUUACAGAAGCCUUCAUUCCUAUCCUCCAACUAUCUGCUUCCCCAACUAUUGUCAAUGUCUCCUCCAUAGGUGGCCACCUUAACCUCUUGCGUAAUGAGCGCGCAAAAGCUGUGUUGAGCAACGAGGCGGGGCUGACAGAAGAGAGCAUUGAUGAGGUGGUGCGAGAAUUCCUCAUUGAUUUCAAAGAGGGGAGAUUGGAGGAGAACAAGUGGCUGAGUGAUGGUGUGGCGUAUCAAGUCUCUAAAGCAGCAUUGAAUGCGUACACUAAAGUGUUGGCUAAGAAGCACACUGAUUUCAUCAUCAACAGCCUCUGCCCUGGCUUUGCAAAAACAGAUUUAUCGGGCCAUCUCGGCGCCAUCAGCGCCGAGGAGGCUGCUCAGAAGGUGGUCAGGGUGGCGCUGCUGCCUCGCGGAGGGCCGUCGGGAGCCUUCUUUUAUGACAAGGAUGUGUAUAGUGUUGCUACUUGAUGGAUAGUGUCUGUGUGGAAGACUUGGCAUCACCAUUAUAAUAUAGCUCCCUAUAAUAAAAACUACUAUUACAUGCUUACAUUCAAGAAUCAAAAUAUUAGUUGUAUUAAUUAUAUAUACUAGUGUUAACCCAUGUGCAAUGCACGAUGUAAUAUUUUUUCGUCAUACA